ACAUUUAACCCAAAGAGGCUGUACCAUGGACUGCAAAGAAAGCUGCCCAAGUGUUAGCAUCCCAAGCUCUGAUGAACACAGGGAGAAAAAAAAGAGGUUCACCGUUUAUAAAGUAUUAGUUUCAGUUGGAAGGAAUGAAUGGUUUGUCUUCAGGAGAUAUGCUGAAUUUGAUAAGCUUUAUAACACACUAAAGAAACAGUUUCCUUCUAUGACAAUGAAGAUUCCCGCCAAAAGAAUAUUUGGUGAUAAUUUUGAUCCAGAUUUUAUUAAACAGAGAAGAGCAGGACUGAAUGAAUUCAUUCAGAAUUUAGUUAGACAUCCAGAUCUAUGCAACCAUCCAGAUGUCAGAGCAUUUCUUCAAAUGGACAGCCCAAGACAUCAGUCAGAUCCAUCUGAAGAUGAAGAUGAAAGAAGUAUUCAGAAGCUACACUCUACCUCACAGAACAUCAACCUGGGACCAUCUGGAAAUCCUCAUGCCAAACCAACAGAUUUUGAUUUCCUUAAAGUUAUUGGAAAAGGCAGCUUUGGUAAGGUUCUUCUUGCAAAAAGGAAACUAGAUGGAAAAUUUUAUGCUGUCAAAGUGUUGCAGAAAAAAAUUGUUCUGAAGAGGAAAGAGCAAAAACAUAUUAUGGCUGAACGUAAUGUGCUCUUGAAAAAUGUGAAGCAUCCAUUUUUGGUUGGAUUACAUUAUUCAUUCCAGACAACUGAAAAGCUUUAUUUUGUUCUGGAUUUUGUAAAUGGAGGGGAGCUAUUCUUUCACUUGCAAAGAGAACGGUCCUUUCCAGAACACAGAGCCAGAUUUUAUGCUGCAGAAAUUGCCAGUGCUUUGGGCUACUUGCAUUCUAUAAAAAUAGUAUAUAGAGACUUGAAACCAGAAAACAUUCUUUUGGACUCAAUAGGACAUGUUGUUUUAACAGAUUUUGGGUUAUGUAAAGAAGGGAUUGCUAUAUCUGACACAACUACAACAUUUUGUGGGACACCAGAGUACCUUGCACCAGAAGUGAUCAGAAAACAGCCUUAUGACAAUACUGUAGAUUGGUGGUGCCUUGGUGCUGUUCUGUAUGAAAUGCUGUAUGGGUUGCCUCCAUUUUACUGCCGGGAUGUUGCUGAGAUGUAUGAAAACAUACUCCAUAAACCUUUAAAUUUGAGGCCAGGAGUGAGCCUCACUGCCUGGUCCAUUCUGGAAGAACUUCUGGAAAAAAACAGACAAAAUCGACUUGGUGCCAAAGAAGACUUUCUUGAAAUUCAAAAUCAUCCUUUCUUUGAAUCACUCAACUGGACUGACCUUGUUCAAAAAAAGAUUCCACCACCAUUUAAUCCUAAUGUGGUUGGACCAGAUGAUAUCAGGAACUUUGAUGCAGCCUUUACUGAGGAAAUGGUUCCAUAUUCUGUUUGCAUAUCUUCUGACUAUUCCAUAGUGAACGCCAGUGUUUUGGAGGCAGAUGAUGCAUUCGUGGGUUUCUCUUAUGCGCCUCCUUCCGAAGAUUUGUUUUUAUAAGAGUCAACAAUCAGAAAACACCAGGAAGUACAAACCUAAGGAUCAAAGUGAAAUUUUUCUAUGUGGGAAAAUAUUCCAAAAUGCGUCUUAACUAGUGCCUCAUUUUUAUAUGUAAAGUUGGAAUCUUUGAAAACUUUUUUUCUGCUGUACAUGAAAAAAAAAUAGGGCAUUUCAGAAAGCUGAAAGCUUUGUUACUCUUAUUAAGAUUAUUUUUAAAGAAAUACUUUUGUAUUACAAACAAUAGUUUGUAAACUAUUCUUUACAUUGACCUGUUUUUAAGCAAAAAAUAAAAAGUUUGCUGUUGACUGUUGUUUUUCCUUAUAGGUUUACACUAGUAUCUCUCCAGAAUUAGCUGUUUUCAACAGCUCCAGCAGUUCAGUAUAAUGCUUUUCAAUUCUGCGCUUCAUCCCCAUCGUGAUUUUGAGUGAAAUGUUAUAACUAUGCAAUUAUCUUUUGUAUUUGUUAUUGGAAAGGAAAUGACACAUUGCCAUAUUAAAUCACUGUUUGAGAUCUGGAGUACUUUUCAGUAUUAAAAUGGAAAUGCAUUAGUUAACAAAACAUGUUGGUCUAUAGCUAAUUUUGAUGACCUUUCAUUCUGCAGAUCUCUAAGGAUUAAAAACAGAAAAUCCCUUGUCUCAAACACACUGGCGUUCAAAUUGGCAUGUGAUUUUUUUUUUUCCCAUACAAGAAACAGAAAAUAAAUUGCUCAUAUUUCUCGAGCAUUCCAAAGAUGUCAAGGGUAGGACAAGUAUUAUAGACUUUGUGUAUGUGAUACUGAAACAAUCUUUUUUUCUCUGCACUAUAUCAUGCAUUUAAAAUUUGUAUUUCUGUUUUCAGAUUGUUAAG